GUUGCGCUAUUAGUCGGAACAUACCAUUGUUUUAAUUUCACUUUGGAAUUCCUGCCCACCACGUGCGGUGAAGGAAUCUCAAUUUUAAAAUAACCGGAUACUUUUUUCAUCUCGAGAAUUUGAUUCAGAAGGUUUGAGAACAAGUAGAGUGAAGUCGUUUGGAAAAAGAUGUAAUUCCCUUUAGUUCUCUUGCAAGUUUCUUUACUUAUCCGGUGGAUAUCUUCCGGCGACAUUUUAUCACACAUCAUGAUUCAUAGGAUUUUGUAACAGUUUGGAGGCGUUCAUUUUCAAAAAAUUGUGUUUUUGUGAUACAUUUUUACGGAUUUCUAACCUCAGACUUCAGACAUGCGGCCGGGCGGUGUCUCUAUGGUCGCCAUGGAAACGGAUAGCAAACGCUUAUGUUUCGUGGUUUUUUUAAUACUUUGUAUAACGCAAGUGACUACGGCGCAGGGUUCUGAACGAAAAUUAGGCCGAGUAAUCAGCCAAUUUGAUCCUGUCCGUGCGCUGAAGGACAUUCCCCAGGGGUCCGCCUCCCUUGCCUUUGUUUUUGACAUAACAGGGUCCAUGUAUGACGAUUUGGUUCAAGUGAUAGAAGGAGCUGCGAGGAUUCUUGCGACCACUUUGGCCCGUCGGGAGAAACCACUAUAUAAUUAUGUGCUAGUCCCAUUUCACGACCCAGAGAUUGGUCCAGUGACAGUCACAACAGACCCCAUUGAAUUCCAGCAAGAGUUGCGAGAUCUCUACGUCCAGGGCGGUGGCGACUGCCCAGAAAUGUCCAUCGGUGCCAUCAGAUUAGCCCUCCAGCAGUCGCUGCCCAACUCGUUUAUUUACGUGUUUACGGAUGCUCGGGCGAAGGAUUACAUGCUCACGGAAUCAGUGCUCAGCCUUAUCCAAAACAAACAGAGUCAGGUUGUAUUUGUGAUGACGGGAGACUGCGGUAACACAUCUCACGACGGUUUCAAAGCGUACGAGCAGAUUGCCUCCACCAGCUCCGGACAAGUCUUCUUACUGCAGAAGUCACAGGUCAAUCAGGUUUUGAAUUUUGUGAGAGUGGCGGUGCAAUCUCGGAAAGUGAAUCUCUUGUCGACCGAUCGAGAUGAGGGCGAUGUCCAGAAGUAUGAUCUACCGGUUGACGACGCGCUAAAGGAGUUGACGGUAUCCGUCAGCGGAGAGAGGCCUUAUAUCAAACUCAUUAAUCCGGCAGGCGAAGAGGUCAACGAACUAAACGGCCUGAACAAACUCCUCAAGAUCAAGAAGGCGCAGAUUGUGGGCAUCAAGAACCCGAUGCCCGGGAUGUGGAAACUGAUCGUCAAGAGCGAGAGUGCCCACACGCUCCGAGUCACCGGGCUGAGCUCACUCGAUUUUGUGCACGGAUUCUCAAGAACGCCGACACUGAAUAUGAAAACGACGAGCCACAGACCUGUGCAGGGAAUACCAACAUAUAUCUUGUUGAACGCCACGGAUCUGGUACCCCCUGGCAGGAUGACCAAACUGGAGCUCCUCAAUUUGUACGGCCAGCGUCUAGUCGAGGUCCCUCUCGUCCUCGACACCAACCACCCGUCACUUUACAACGUGUCGGGAUUUGUCCCUCCAAAUAAGGAGUUCUUCUAUGUGAAGGUUGAGGGCAUUGACAGCAAAGGUUACCAAUUCUGGAGAACAGCCCCUACCGCCAUCACGGUUAUCAUCCCUGGCGCACCAGAAGUCCAGAUGCCCGAGACGACAUACGGUUUCUACGACACCAAGGCAACGCUCCUGUGUCAGGUCGACAGUUUAGUACCGUAUUCCGUACAGUGGUCUAAAGAUGGCGCCGCUGUUGGACAGCAGCUUUACUUCAGCGAGUCGCGAACGGUCCAGUACCGCGUGGAAUCCGCCAGUAUUUUCUCUGAGGGUGUUUAUAUGUGCAACGCAUCAAAUGCUGCAGGAUCGGCUAUCGCACAGACAUUCCUGGAUAUCAAAGGCAAGUGA